CGGAAUAUUCAACCAACCACAUAUGGAGAGGUGAUUGACGCGAUUUACAGCAGGAAAGGACCCCGCGUGACCGGACGGCUACCUCUAAGAUGGAAGAAUCCAAUCCCCCCAAACCAUGAGUCUUCUCGAGACCUACCUACAUAUAGCAAUGGAAUCAUGAUGUCCAGCUAGACCUUGCGUUCUGCUACUUUUGACCUUUAUUGCCUUCCUUCUGUUGUUCUUGCGUCCAGCUCAGCCAGCAAUCAUGACCAAACCACCAAAAGUAUUCACGGCAGAGGAAGUUGCCAAACACCGAUCGCCAAAGAGCUGCUGGGUAGUCCUUUACGGUAAUGUCUAUGACGUGACCGAAUUCCUGCCCUCUCACCCGGCCGGCGACAAAAUCAUCCUCCAGCUCGCCGGCCGUGAUGCCACGACCGAGUAUGAUCCGAUUCACCCGCCAGGCACGCUCGAGGAGAACCUCAAGCCCGAGGCCAAGCUAGGCAUCAUCGACGACGCAUCGCUAGCCAAGCUCCACCAGAAAGAAAGCGAGGCCCGCGCAAAGGCAACAGGCUCGGCCAUGGGCACCACCACGCACACCACCUCAGCCCAGCAAUCCGAGAAAGCCGCGCCGCCGCCGCUCCACACCCUCCUCAACUUUGACGAGAUCGAAGCAGCAGCCAAGACUCAGGUCUCCAAAAAGUGCUGGUCCUAUUAUUUCUCCGCCGCCGAUGACCUUUACACCAAGACCCACAACACCCGCGCCUUCCGGGACAUCCUUCUGCGCCCGCGCGUCUUCAUCGACUGCACAAAGGCCGACACCUCCACCACGUUGUUGGGCCACAAGGUCGGCACACCACUCUACGUCUCGCCCGCGGCGCUGGCCCGCCUGGCGCACCCGGACGGCGAAGCCGGCAUCGCCAAGGGCAUCUCCUCGUUCGGGGCCAUGCAGCUAGUCAGCAACAACGCAUCCAUGACGCCCGAGCAAAUCGUGGCCGAGGCCAUACCGGGAGCCGUCUUUGGCUGGCAGCUGUACGUGCAGACGACUCGCUCGAAAUCCGAGGCAAUGCUGGCGCGCAUCAACAAGCUGCGCGACCACUUCAAGUGCAUCGUCCUCACCCUCGACGCGCCACACCCGGGCAAGCGCGAGCACGACGAAAAGUCCAACCUUGAAGCGGCGGGCGAGUUUGUCGAGUCCGCCAGCAACGCCAAGACGGACGCCGAAAAGAAGCCCGGCGGCGGCGGCGUGGGGCAACAGCUGUUCUGGGGCACCGCGGCCGACUUGACGUGGGAGACAACGCUUCCCUGGCUGUCCAAGCAUACGGAUUUGCCAAUUGUGUUGAAGGGCAUCCAGACGCAUGAAGAUGCAUACCUGGCGGCGCAGUAUGCGAGGAAACACCCGGGCACUGUGAAAGCGAUCAUUCUUUCGAAUCAUGGCGGGCGCGCGCUCGACACGGCGCCGCCGGCGGUGCAUACCUUGUUGGAGAUCAGGAAGUACUGCCCGGAGGUGUUUGGGGCGGUCGAGGUGUGGAUUGAUGGCGGGGUUAAGAGGGGGACGGAUGUGGUGAAGGCAUUGUGUUUGGGUGCGAAGGCGGUCGGUGUGGGGAGGGCGGCGCUUUGGGGGCUUGGGGCUGGUGGAUGGCAGGGUGUUGAGAGAACCUUUGAUAUCCUUCAGCAGGAGAUCAUUACAUGCAUGAAGCUUUUGGGAGCAAAGACGGUGAAUGAUCUUGGUCCACGAUUCAUCAACACCCGAAAAGUCGAGCGAGACAUCUUUGAUGGGGAUGCCGGUCUCGACAAGAACGGGUUGUGGACAUCUCGUGCCAAGCUCUGAACUGAAUGAGUAAGCGCGGCAUUGAGCCUGCGAUACGUGCCUGAAAAUGGCGGUGGCUUGUCAUGAUGGAUCCGGCACCGUCAAACGCGGGGAAGUUUGGGAAGUUGACAGUGCGCGCAACUGGUCGGAAGGGAUACGAUCACAACUGGAUCCCUUUCCGAGCCUCUGUGAGUGAAGUAUCUCAAAGUACCUGCUCCAUGAACAAAGGAAAGGGGGGGUUUGCGCGCGUGAUGGUGUCUACCCCAGGUCUUGGCAACCAUGGGCCGAUCCUGGGGAAGCGGGGGCGGAGCCUGGCGGUAUUUAUUGCAAGUGGCAUCUGAUCGGCCCAGAGCGCUGCAAUAUCUCCAAAAUGUCUAUUGUUCAAAACCGAGCAUCCGAGGUUCAGAAAAAAAAAGGAGAAAAAAAAAUAUAAUCCCGUCGGUUUCGACACGUGGGGUGGGGACCAUCCAAGAGCAAAGUGCGGAGAAGAUGCCGUACGGGAGAUUCAGUUUGCCAUCAGAUCUUUACGUGUGACGCUCCACAAGUGCUAUUCUCUAGCGUACACACUACACAGAGACUUCGGACGAACCAUUUGGAGUUGCGGACUUUGUGUCCGCCGCCUGGUGGCUCUACCUUGUGUAUGGUUGUGGGGAUCCUCGAGGUGGAGAUGCGGAGAGCCAUUGCACAGUAAGGGAACGUUUGUGAAGCUGGUGAUUCGAAUCCCUGAAAUGGUCACGCUGAUGAUCUUUCCGGCUUUGAUCAACAAAAUAUGGCUAUCGCGUUCAAGGGAGAUAUGAACGAUGGUAAUAUCGUAACGAGCAAGCGAAGCAUGGUUGCCGGUCUUUUUGUACACUAUUCGUCCUGGUAUUUUGGCUAUAGAGACGACAGCUUAAGUUUGGAU